AUGGCACAAUCGCUGGAAGACCUGGGACAAAUGCUCGCUGACCUUGACGGAGUUUCUCAACAGAUCGGCCUUAAAAUGAACAUGGACAAGACGAAAAUCAUGUCGAAUGUCCAUGUCGCGCCGACUCCCAUAGUCGUGGGAAACUCUGUCCUCGAAGUUGUUGAUGAAUAUGUCUACCUAGGACAAACGGUCCAAUUAGGUAAGUCCAACUUCGAGAAAGAGGUCAAUCGUCGAAUCCGACUCGGCUGGGCAGCGUUCGGGAAAUUACGAAACGUCUUCACGUCCAAAAUACCUCAGUGCCUAAAGACGAAAUGCUUCAACCAGUGUGUGUUACCAGUGAUGGCCUACGGAACUGAGACGUGGUCUCUUACUAUGGGCCUAAUCAGAAAGCUCAGAGUCGCUCAGCGUGCUAUGGAAAGGGCUAUGCUUGGCGUUUCCCUGCGUGAUCGAAUCCGCAACGAGGAGAUCCGCAGGAGAACAAAGGUGAUCGACAUAGCCCAACGGAUUAGCGCGCUCAAGUGGCAAUGGGCAGGGCACAUAGCAAGGAGAACUGACGGCCGAUGGGGCAGCAAGGUUCUCCAAUGGAGACCACGUACUGGAAAGCGCAGUGUGGGACGACCGCCUACCCGAUGGACGGACGACCUGGUAAAGGUUGCCGGAAACCGUUGGAUGCAGGCCGCAAUCAACCGUCCCCGCUGGAAAUCAUUGGGAGAGGCCUAUGUCCAGCAGUGGACAAGCAUAGGCUGA